GUGCUGAAGUGCGCUGGACUUGAGGCUUGAACCCCGUGUUUUCUGGAAACGUCCACAGCAGCUUCUGCUGUGCGGUGGAAUGAAGUCAUCAGCAGCCUGCAAAGUGUGUUAUUUUAUGAUGUCUGAACACACGGAGCGAAAUACAGCAGCGAUUGCGGCUUUUCUCUGCGGAUCUUUGCUAUUGUUCUGUGUUUUAUAGCAGUGCUCGGGCAUCGCAGUGCUCCGCUCUGCCAAUAAAAUGUGAACCCGACAAAGAGAGAGAGAGAGGCAGAGAGGGGAGCGGGGUGGGCUGUACCUCGCAGUGAGGGAGUGCCAUCGUGGGAGCGGUUUGCUCCUUCACAUCAGACCUCUGCUAUCCCUCCAAGCCGGAGGACCGAGGAGGAGCCGCCGUCCUGCGUUGCUCUCUGCGGACUCACGGAUAAUAGCGCACUACAGCUGAGAAAAUGGUUUUGCUGCUGCCGAUGGUUACCCUUUACACGCUGAGCGUCUUUAGCGGAGCAUCCGCCGCCACUCACUAUAAUUGUAACGGCCCUCUGGUAUCGGCGCUGCCCCAUUCAUCCUUUCAGAGCUCCUCUGAGUCCUCCGUCAGCUAUGCUGCCUACAACACCAAGCUCAACAGAAGAGAUGGUGCAGGAGGUUGGUCUCCAAUGGUAACUGACCAAGAGCCCUGGCUCCAGGUGGACCUCAGGGAGCAGAUGGAGGUGACUGCUGUAGCCACACAGGGACGCUAUGACAGCUGGGACUGGGUCAGCAGUUACCUGCUGCUCUACAGUGACACAGGCCGGGCUUGGAAACAGUACAGACAUGAGGAUGGCGUAGGGAGGUUUGUCGGGAACGGGAACUCGGAGAGCGUCGUUCAGAACAAGCUGUUCCACCCUGUGAGGACACGCUUCCUGCGAUUCGUCCCUCUUGACUGGAACCCCAGUGGCUGGAUGGGCCUCAGGGUGGAGGUGUACGGGUGCUCCUACAAGUCAUACGUGGCAGACUUUGAUGGCAGAAGCUCAUUGCUGUAUCGGUUCAACCAGAAGUCCAUGUCGACGGUCAAGGACGUGAUUUCUCUGCGCUUCAAAAGCCAUCAGGCCGAGGGCGUAUUGCUGCAUGGAGAGGGGCAGAGAGGAGAUUACAUCACCCUAGAACUUCACAGAGGAAGACUGGACCUCUACCUCAACCUAGAUGAUAGCAGAGCGAGGUUCAGCAGCCAUCGUGUUCCUGUCACUGUGGGCAGUCUGCUGGAUGACCAGCACUGGCACUCGGUUCAUAUAGAGCGCUUCAACAAGCAGGUUAACCUCACAGUGGACUCCUACACACAGCGCUUCCAAACCAAAGGGGAAGGACACUCACUGGAGGUGGACUACGAGCUGAGCUUUGGAGGGAUCCCGUUGCCGGGUAAGCCUGGCACCUUUCUGAGGAAGAACUUCAAUGGUUGCAUGGAAAACCUCUACUACAACGGGAUCAAUGUCAUAGAUCUGGCAAAGAGACGCAAGCCGCAGAUACACAGCGUGGGCAAUGUGACCUUCUCGUGUUCGCAGCCCCAGCUGGUGGCUUGCACCUUUGUGAGCUCCAGCAGCAGCUUCCUGUCGCUCCCAUCAGCAUCGCCUGCUGUGGGGGGUUUCUUCAUUCGCUUCCAGUUCAGGACGUGGAACCCGGAGGGGUUGCUGCUCUCCGUCCAACUCAACCCAGAUCCACAGCAACUGAGGCUGCAGAUCAGCAACAGCUGGCUACGCCUGACCCUCCACAGCUCGGGACGACAGAAAUCAGAGGUCUCAGCCGGCAGGAGAGUCAGCGAUGGGCUGUGGCACUCUGUGAGCCUCGACGCCAGGAACCUACAGAUCACUCUGACUGUGGAUAACGAGCCCUCCUCCACUAUUGAACUUUGGGAACAAGUGCAAUCCAGAGGCAGCUUUUACUUUGGAGGCUGUCCUGCAACUGCUCCAGACUGCCAGGGCUUUGCUCCGGCGUUCCAGGGUUGUAUGCAGCUCAUAUUCAUCAACAGCCAGCUGAUGAAUCUCAGUCAUGUACAGCAAGGACUGCUGGGGAAUUAUAACGAGCUUCAGUUCGACACGUGCAAUAUAAAAGACAGAUGCCUUCCUAACCUGUGUGAGCACGGAGCGCGCUGUUCUCAGAUGUGGAGCUCUUUCUCCUGUGACUGCUCGGGGACGGGUUAUGCUGGAGCGACAUGUCACAACUCCAUUUACGAGUCUUCCUGUGAGGCCUACAAGCUGAGUGGCAGCUCAUCGGGCUUCUACUUCAUUGAUCCAGAUGGGAGUGGUCCUUUGGGGCCCACACAGGUAUACUGCAACAUGACAGAGAAGAAGGUGUGGACCGUGCUGUCCCACAACAGCACAGCUCCGGUCACAGUUCAGACCUCAUCCCUUCAGAAACCUCACGUCAUGAUCUUCAACUACAGCGCUUCGGCCGAACAACUACGUGCCAUCGUAUCUGGGUCGGAACAGUGCCAACAGGAAGUGGUUUACAACUGCAGGAAGUCCCGUCUUUUUAACACAAAAGAUGGCAGUCCGCUUUCGUGGUGGCUGGACCGGGAAGGAGAAAAGAGGAGCUACUGGGGAGGCUUCCUGCCUGGAGUUCAGCAGUGCUCCUGCAGCCUGGAGGAGAACUGCAUUGACAUGAACUACUUCUGCAACUGUGAUGCUGACACAGACACAUGGGCUAAUGACACAGGAGUCCUCUCCUACAAAGACCACCUACCAGUGAGCCAGAUAGUGAUCGGAGACACCGACAGAAUGGGCUCGCAGGCUGUCUACCACAUCGGCCCUCUGCGUUGUUAUGGAGACAGGUCGAUAUGGAACGCAGCCUCUUUCUACCAGGAGUCGUCGUACCUGUACUUCCCCACCCUACAGGCAGAGCUGGCGUCUGACAUCUCCUUUUACUUCAAGACCAGCGCUCCUUCUGGAGUGUUCCUGGAGAACCAGGGCCUCAAGGACUUCAUCAGAGUCGAGCUUAGCUCUCCCUCAGUGGUGACUUUCUCCUUCGACGUGGGAAACGGUCCGGCGGUCCUGUCCGUGAAGUCCCACGUCCCUCUGAAUGACAGGCAGUGGCACUACGUGAGGGCGGAGCGCAACGCCAAGGAGGCCUCCGUGCAGGUCGACCAGCUCCCCCUCCGCUUCCUAGAGGCUCCGGCUGACGGACACCUCCGCUUACGGCUCAGCAGCCAGCUGUUCGUAGGAGGAACAGCGUCCCAGCAGAGAGGCUUCCUGGGCUGCAUCAGGUCUCUGACCGUCAAUGGUGUCAGCUUCGAUCUGGAGGAGAGGGCCAAGAUGACGCCGGGAGUGAGCGCCGGCUGUCCCGGCUACUGCACCGGAUCCAGCAGCCUCUGCCACAACCGAGGGAGGUGCGUGGAGAAAAGCAACGGCUACAUCUGUGACUGCUCACAGUCUGCCUACGGAGGAACCACCUGCAACCAAGAGGUGUCUGUGUCCUUCGACAGAGAGUCCUCCGUCACCUACACCUUCCAGGAGCCCUUCUCAGUGAUGCAGAACAGAAGCUCUCAGGCCUCCACCUCCUCCACGGACAGCAGAGCCAGAGAGGACGUGGCCUUGAGCUUCGUCACCUCCCAGAGACCAGCCAUGCUGCUCACUGUCAGCACCUUCAGCCAGCAGUACAUCGCUGUCAUCCUGGCCACAAAUGGGAGUGUGCAGAUCUGGUAUCACCUGCAGACAGGCAAGAAACCGGACGUCUUCACUCCCACCCCGAGUAAUCUGGCAGACGGACGUCUUCAUCGAAUCAGAAUCCACCGAGUCGGCAAAAACCUCUAUGUACAGAUCAACCAGGACAUCCACAGAAAGUACACACUGUCAUCUGACGCAGAGCUGAUCCUCAUACGAUCGCUGACGUUAGGCAAAGUCACCAGAAUGGAGAAUUUUGAUGAGGAAGUGAUACAAGGAGCUUCUAAAGGUUUCAUUGGCUGCCUCUCCUCAGUCCAGUUUAAUCAUGUCGCACCACUGAAGGUAGCGCUGACCAAUCGCGGGAGCUCAUUGGUCACCGUCCGUGGCCCGCUGGUCCAAUCAAAUUGUGGCGCGCUAGCCGAGUCACAUACUCUGCAAGAUCAGGCUGUAAAUGCAAAUAAAGACAAAGAGCAGCGUGCCGGCAGCACCCAGAAGGAUUUGGCUGUAAUAGCAGGUGUGGUCACUGCAGUGGUCUUCAUAACCGUGUGCGCACUGGCUGUGGUGAUCCGCCUGGUGUACCAGCAGCGGCGGGCCCAGAGGAGCAGCGGCAGCAUCAAAGAGGAGCACAGACACAGCAUGUACACAGACUACAGGACUGAGCUGCACCUCCACAACCCAGUCAGAGACAGCGUGAAGGAAUACUACAUCUGACUGCAGCGUGCAGCCGAUGUCACAAACUUACCUCUUUCUUCUAAAGGACUCACAGGUGGACGUGCUGCCGCAGGAUUUCUUACAACACUGCAUAUCUCCGCCCUGGAAGUUCCCCAGGGACUCUGCAAAAGUCAGCAGACUCCACUCUCAAUGCUCCUGUAAAAGCAAGCGGCUGAAUCUUUGCAGCUCGUAGUGUAUUUGAUGUUGGUGAAAUUGUCAGAAUCAAGCUGCCGUGGUUUCCGUCAUUGCGAAAUGUGUAAAGCAAAAGUCGAUCGUUCCCAGGGGUGAACGCGGGGGCGUGGACGAGCGCGGCGAGCGCAGAAGCCGCCGACCGUCCUGAAUGUGCACAACAAUAUUUCCACAUUUCUGUGGGACUCACUAAAUUGUAUUUGUUAGUCAGGAAAUGUAGGCAAGGCCUGUAAGAUAUGCAUCCAUCCGCUGCUCUCUAUUUGUGUUUCCACUGGGGGUGAAUGUCGCAGCAAAGGGACAACACUGCCGACACUGUGUGAGUGCCUGAUUUGCAUAUCUGUUUGGAUUUGAGUUCUUGGUGUGACCCUCACAGACGCAGGCACAUGUCCCCACAAAAGAGCUUAUUGUCAUUCGCUGAAGAAAAUGGGAAUUUCAUAGAAUUUCAUCGUCUCUAGAGCGCAGCCGUUGGCGAGGGGUGACCAUCGCUAACAUUUCUUUCAACAGGCUGUUUACCACGGCGCGGUUGAUAGCAGCGUGCAAACUGACAGAUGGAACAGGCCCAUAGAUUCUUUGUUGAUGUGCAGCGAGGGCCUCAUUUAUCAACGUCUGCAGGAAGAAAAUAAUAAUAAUGACGACCAUGAUAAUAAAAACUGAUAGCGUGGCCACAGCACAGUGUUCAGCACAUCAUGAAGUUACCCUCAGCACUUAGACGGGGGUCCACACACCCACAUAUUUGAGGUUUCUGGGUGGGAGAAGUGACCACAAUAACCCCUGUUUGUGUUGUCAUCAUUCCCAGAUUCAUGUCACAAAGGUGUGACCAGCGUGUGAGGCUGCCGUGCUCACAGACGACCUCACACAGACGUGUCACAUAUGAUAGCCCAGCAAUCAGUCACACUGUAAAGCCCUGUUUUAUUCUCUGUUUGACUCAACGAGGACCAGCCCCUGCUGGCCAACGGGACCAGUGAACAUCUCGUCACAGUCUUUUCUAUAAACCUGGCCACAGCAUGGCCACACCAAGUGUUAUGUGGAUAAAUGAACAUCGGUGGAAUUUGAAUCUGACGUCGCUACUUUCAUGUGACAACAACAAAACGUACAAACGUGAUAUUAACGAGGAGAAAAAUGUCAGCUGAUAAAUGAGGCCCUGACUCAGUAAGUGUCAACAGCGAGUGUUGCAGGUGUUUCUGUUCAUAAUGAAGGAGAUGCAAUAUGUAAAAAAGGUGUGAAUUGUGUCAUAAAGUAGCAGAAAUAAGAAAAUAACUGAGAGAAAUGUAUUAUUUAUAGCAGUUAUUUAUGCCAAGACUAAAGGGUGUAAUCAUCAAGCAGAGGGUCCACGUGAAACACCACAGGCAGCCAGAAGCAGCAGUUACAGCCUCCAACCCUGCAGCUUGUGUUCAGUAACAUACAGACAGCAGUUUGCUUCAUACGACAGGUUUUGGGUUCACAGAAGUCACAGUAACGAGGUUAGAAUCACAGCAGCACGUUUGCGAGGUUUCGUGGAGGAGAACGUCCGAAUUUUGCUGGCAAAUGUCUGGGAACUGUUUCAUAGAGCAUUCGCUUGUGGAGCACCAAAGCCGUAGAGCAGAAGUUUAAUCUGGCUUGUAUUUUAGAGCACUAACCGGCGGUGCUUAGAGCUUUUUGCAUAAAAGAAGACGGCCAAUAUCAUACCGGAUGGAAUGAAUUUAUUUUCAGAUUUAGUGGGAGUGCAGUGGUUUCUGUCUCAAAUGGACGUGACGAAAGCAAAUUAAAGGACGGAUGGAAAUGGAGACUACUUUGCUUUUUUAGAUCCUUGCUUCUAGUGGGCACGAAGGUGAUGCCAGAGAAAACAAAUUACGUUGUCUAAAUUUCAAAAGCAGCCUUUUGAGCCCAGUUCUGCAUUAUCAUACUGAUCUCAUUAUCCUGGGCUCAGCUGCUCUCUGGCUGCAUUCCUGUCUUUGUCACCAUCAGUUAUGCUUUGAACUUAACGGGCUAAACGUAAAGGUUAAGUCCAAAGAAAAGCUGACAGAAACACGGCCAUUUAUUUAGCAUCUUGUCAUGAACUCAAGUGUUCAUUCUCCUGGGAUCUGAAUGUCAGAAUAAAAUGUUUAAAAAACAAAGCAGUGAGAUUUCCCUCACGUAGAAAUGUUUGGACCGGUGCACUGAUGCGUACAAAGACUGGAGCUCCAGCUGAGGAAGGACAGCGGUGUGGCUGAGCCCGUGUACCCUCUCUGUGCAUGUCCUCCAAAUACGCCUGAAGAUGAUCCCCAUAUUUGUGAAUGAAUACAUACCUCUGAGAGUUUCAGUUACACUGCAAUGGGUAAUAUCAUGUGCUCACUUCUUAAUGAUUUGUAUAGCUGCGGUUUUAUUAAGAAUCUAUUGUAUAGAUGUAUAAUUUAAUAAUAAAAGUCAAUAUAUUGCUA